ACAAGACAGCAUUAAUAGAGCAAGAGAGCAUACAAUUUGUCUCCCUUUUUUCAGAAUGUAUGCCCUGGAUUUGAUGAACGACAAAGCCCGUCUGGAAGACUUGGCAAAAUUUGCAAAAGAUGUGGCGUUAUUACAUGGUUUUAUCUUUAGGCCAAAGGAGCCCCAAAACUCUGAGCUAGCAGAACACAUUACAUUCACCCUGUUCCCCACACCAGUACCUCGAGCUGCGUACCUUCAGGCUAAGGCGGUCCAAGUUCACUUUAACACACUGAUGGCCCGGGUUAGCCAGGAUGCUGACUUUUUGGAAGAGGCUCUGGCCAGCACCGUAAAAGUGGAUGACUUCAUUGCGCGGCUCUUCAGGAUCCACAAGACAGUCGUGAAAGAAGGGAGAUCUCCGUUCAUCGCCCUUGGCCUUAACCGCUCAGACUACAUGCUGGACCAGAGCCAACCCGGAACCUCCGUCUUAAAGCAGACUGAAAUCAAUACGAUGGCAGCAGGAGUCGGAGGGCUAAUUCACGUUUUGGCAAAGGUGCAUAGGAUUAUUCUAAUGAAAGCUGGUCGAUAUGAGGAAGAAAGAUGUAUUCUAGAAAAUAAUGCCGUAGCCGGUCAGACCAAGGCUAUGGCCAAAGCCUGGGAGCUCUACGGGUCACAAAGUGCUGUGGCUCUGAUGCUGAUAACAGGAAAUGACACAAAUAUCUUCGAGCAGCGGAGCGUGCAGGUGGAACUGUUAAAAUUUAAUAUCACUAUGAUACUGCGGCGUUUUAAAGACGUGCUCGAGAAUGGUUUCCUGACUGAAGAUGGCAGACUGUUUGUUGAUGGGAAGGAGGUUGCAGUGGUAUACUAUAUGCAUGGCUUUGUUCCUCAGCAGUACACCAGUGAGGAGGACUGGGAGGCUCUGCUCAUGAUAGAACGCUCUUUGGCAGUGAAGUGUCCUGAUAUCGCCACACAUUUAGCUGGGACCAAGAAAGUUCAGCAGGUGUUGUCCCAGCCUGGAGUCCUCGAGCGCUUCUUCCCUGAGGAACCGCAUGCGGUGGAGCAGAUCCGGGCCACCUUCACUAGACUCUACUCUCUGGACAUGGGUCCAGAAGGAGAUCGAGCAGUGGAAAUGGCAAUAGCUGAUCCAGAGCACUUUAUCAUGAAACCUCAGCGAGAGGGAGGAGGUAACAACAUUUAUAGUCAAGAUAUCAGUAAAGUGCUUAAGGAGUUAAAAGGUCCUGAGAGAUCUGCCUAUAUUUUGAUGGAGAAAAUCCUGCCUAUUCCUUCACCUAACAUUCUUCUGAGACGAGACAAGCCCCCCACCAUCUGUGACUGUUUGAGUGAGCUGAGCAUGUACGGGGCCUAUGUCAGGCAUGGCAAAGAGAUGGUGCUGAAUGAACCUAUCGGCCAUCUGCUCCGGACUAAGGUAGCAACAGACCAUGAGGGGGGCCUAAUGAUAGGUCGGUCUGGAAUAGAUAAUCCCCUUCUUUACUAAAAGGUCAACUUUAAUGUUUUUCAUUACAUGGUUUCUUUGCUUUCAAAGGUCUCAAUCUGAUAAGUCAAUUUUAUAUUUGAAGUUCCUGUUUGGAUGUAUUGUAUGUUGUUGUAUUAAUAUUUCCUGGGCAGAGGGGGUUUGUUUGGCUAGCAAACUGACCAAUGAUACAAUUAUAAUGGAAAACACAGUGUAUUUAUUAGGACAGUGCGAUUUCAUUGACCAUAAAGGCAGAGAUAUUUGUAUCAGACUGUAUCUCAAAAGGCAGGGAGGGUUUAUUGUGCAAUUUACACUAUACUGUGCAGAUAUUAUGCUACUUAGGCUUAGGAUUUCUGGUAACAUAUUUAUGAUAGACUAUUACAUGAAACAGGUUAAAUAUAUAUGACAAGCAGCUGAUUGACAAGCAUAAAAUGAAAUGAAUAUAUAGAAAUGAAUAUAUAUUUUAAUAUAGUUACUCAGAGGAGCAGUGUAAUGAAAUGGCAUGAUAUGGCUUGUGGCUAGAUCCACACCUGGAAGUAUGAGUUGUUUACAGUCGACCUACUAAUGAUCAUAAACAUGUAUAUAUUAACGGUGAUAUCUAUACUUUAAUAUGAAUGUAAAUGAUAUGACAUGAUGAUAAAUAACAACACUAAUAUAAACUGAAAUAAAAGUGAUUCAA